ACUUGUCCCGAACCGCGUCUCCUCCUUCGCCCGCUCUCUACACAUCUCUUUGCCCCGAGACUAGGGUUCCGGCCCCGCCACUCCCGCCGCCGGCGCCGCCAUCCUCUCCGGCCCCCCGUCCGAUUCAUCUCCUCCCCUCUUCAAGCCAUACAGUCCUCGUCAUCUCCUCCGCCAGGUCCCGUGGCCCACCUUCGCCGCGGCUCUCUGCCACGACUCCGGCCGUGGUCCACCACGACUUCUGGCGGCUGCGCCCGUCAGCUCGCGCCCGAUCUCGCACACGGCUGCGGUUCCGCACGAGCUCGCCUCCGCCUAUCUGUUCGCAAGGAUACACCAAAAAAUAUCUACGCCCCAAAAUUUGGAAGAUCACCAAGAAUUAGCAGGAUAACACGAGUGCUGAAUUCUGGAAAUGGAUCGUGGGCGAUAUGCUCCACAGCAUGGAUGGGAGAACAACAGUGCACCUGAUGGGUAUGGCGCCAUUAAUGAGCCAGACUUUAGGGCUGGUGAAUCCUACAUUGGUAGGAGAUAUGUGGAUGAAGGCUUUCCUAGUGAUCGAAGGGGUGGAUUUGGUCCAGAUAUACAUGAUAGAAAUAUGUAUCCACCACCACCCUCUGCUGGCACCAUGUGGUCUCAGCCUCGAAGAAAUUUCGAUGAAGAAUUUGCAACUACAAAAGAGUACAGAAGGAACAAAAGGAUUGGAAGUAGAGAUCGUGGGGAGUUUGGUGCUGAGUUUGCAGACCGUUACCAAGGCGGAGAAGAUAACUAUGAGAGAGAUCAUCAAUACGGACGCUACAGCUGUGAUUCGGACUAUGAGAGGAGCAGGAGAGAUAGUAGUCGGAGAAGACUUGACUCGUUUGAGCAUGAACGUGAAAGAAAAGGGUUAAGUCAUGAAAGAGACGAAAGCCCAUAUGUCCGCCAUAGCCGUUCUCGGUCACGUGGGCGUGAUAACCGAUCAAGAUCUCGGUCAAGGUCAUGGUCUCCACGUGGCAAAAGUCGUAAUUGGGGCCAAAGGGAUGGCUUCUAUGAUGAUACUCGCUUUGAGAGAAGAGGAGAACAGGACUGGGAUGAAAGAAGGCAUGAUGAUUUGGUGGCGCCAUCUGCGACUGUUGUUCUUAAGGGUCUGUCCCAGAAGACCAAUGAAGAUGACCUAUAUCAGAUUCUUGCUGAGUAUGGCCCUCUUCGUAGUGUGCGUGUGAUCAAGGAACGACCCUCCGGCGUGUCUCGAGGAUUUGCUUUUAUUGACUUCCCUACUGUGGAAGCUGCCCGCAAAAUGAAGGAAGCUACUGGAGACAAUGGCCUUCUAAUUGAUGGUAGGCAGAUAUUUUCUGAGUACAGUAGUAAACCAACUGGUGGGACGAGUGGUGAUUCUUUUGGACAAGAACAUAUUACGAGGUCUACCUACGGGCGCAGGACCAUAUCCACAGCAUGUGAUUGGAUAUGUACUAUAUGUGGCUGUAUGAAUUUUGCCCGCAGAACCUCCUGUUUUCAGUGCAACGAGCCACGUACUGACGAUGCUCCACCAGCUGAUGCAGCAUCUUCCAUUCAACCGUUUGGCAAACGGGGAUCUGAAAUAGGUCCAACUCAUGUCUUAGUUGUUCGUGGUCUGGAUGAAAAUGCUGACGAGGAAAUGCUUCGAUAUGAAUUUGCUAAACAUGCUCCAAUAAAGGAUAUCCGGCUUGUUCGGGACAAAUUUACUCAUGUGUCUAGAGGUUUUGCAUUUGUCCAUUUUCAUUCGGUUGAAGAUGCCACGAAAGCUCUUGAAGCUACAAAUGGGAUUAGACAUGAGAAAAAUGGCCAGGUGUUACGUGUAGCCUAUGCUAAAAGCACGCUUGGACCUGCAUCGGUGGCUUCACAGUCAAACAGCCUUGCUGCAGCAGCCAUCGAGGCUGCAUCAUUUGCCCAGCAGUAUGAUGCUGUGGGUUGGGCCCCAAAAGAGUACAAUGCUGAGGACAAUGUAGAUGGUAAUUCAGAAUCUCAGAAAGAUGUUUCUGCUCCACAGUCCGGAUUUGUUUGGGAUGAGAAAUCGGGCUAUUACUUUGAUUCUUCUUCUGGAUUCUAUUAUGAUGGAAAUACUGGCCUUUACUACGACAGUAAUGUUGGAGUUUGGUAUUCGUAUGAUCAGAAAACUCAACAGUAUCUUCCAUGUAAUGAAAGCAACAACAGUAAGGCAACCGGGGACAUGGCCAAUGAAAGUCAAAGUAAUGGCGGUAAGAAAGUGGUGAUUUCUGCACCUGCAGCCACGGUUAAACAAAGUGAGAAAACUUCAUUGCCUGAAGCUGUUCAAGCUGCGGCCAAUGCAGCGUUGGCUGCUGAAAAGAAAGAAAAAGAGAAAGCAAAGGAGAUAAAGUUGGCCUCGAAAACUAAUCUUUUAGCCAAUAAGAAGAAGAUGAAUAAUGUCCUAGCAAUGUGGAAGCAAAGGAAUAAAGAAGGCCAGGCUACACAUGUUGCCCUUGAUGAUAAGGAACCAUCCAGAUCCGUUGUUGACAAAUUAAACAAUUCAUCCAGUGCGAUUGGAUUCUCAUUGAAGGCCAAACCUAAGUCUGAUAUUGGAAAUUCUAAGGACAUGAACUUGGUUGCUGGAUAUAAUUCUCUUGGCCGCGAAACUGGAGGCUCUCAAAUACUGGAUUCUGACAUAAAGCCUAGGCCUGUUAGUAAUAGCUUAGGAACUACUGUUAUGGGUGUGAUAAGAGGUUCUGGCAGGGGAGCAGUCAACACAUUUCAUGCAUCAUCUGAUGCUGGUGGCAGUAUUUCUUCUGAUAUAACCGCAAGCACAAGUGUGCUAAUGACAAACACCGAGACACACACUGCUUCCACACCCUUCAAAACAGAUUUAUCUUCUCUAGGAUCAUAUGCUUCACCUGCAGUUUCUGGGAGUGCUAAGCGACGGUUCUCCGAGGCACCAGGGCAAUCUCAGUACAGAGAUCGGGCUGCAGAAAGACGAAGUCUAUAUGGAUCAACUUCAUCGCUUCCCAAUGAUGGACUGGAUACAACUGGUGAAUAUUCGUCUCGAAAGGGUUCAAGUGAGAUGGGAUCAAUGCCAUUUCCUCCAGGGGUGGGUGAACGUUCUGUUGGUGAAAGUGACAACACUGAAAAUUAUGAGGUGAUCACUGCUGACAGAGCAAUAGACGAAAACAAUGUGGGCAAUCGAAUUCUGCGCAACAUGGGCUGGCAAGAAGGACUGGGCCUUGGAAAGGAUGGCAGUGGCAUCAAGGAGCCGGUGCAGGCCAAGCCUGGUGACGUGAGAGCCGGGCUUGGUAGUCAGCAGAAGAGAGCUGCUGACCCAUCACUGGAGGCCCGAGCUGGCGAUAGCUAUAAAACCAUAAUCCAGAAGAAGGCCAUUGCGAGAUUCAGGGAGAUGUCCUAAGUGCUUUCUUUAUUUCAUCGUCGUGUAUAAUUAGUCCGGAUACUCGUUUUUAUCGGUGUUAAUGUCAAAACCCCCAAUGCUGUGUGCAUUUGUACUGUUAAAUUUAUCUUAUGUGUCUGGCUCCAUAAAUCUUGGUGUAAUUUAAGCACCGAGUACAGAUUUAAUUUGUGUACUCACAUUGUUCUGAAACUAGCUCUGUACCUGUUUUUCUUU